GGUGAAACUUGAGGUCGUGUGCCGGUGAUGACGGCUCCAAUGUACUUGGUUGAUGGCUCUCCGCUUCGAGAUCCGAUCUUCACAGCCGUGAUCAGCGAAAGGAUGCGGGUUCCGGAGCGGCUCCAGGUCACUCAGUCGGCCGUGGAGGAUCUAAAAGCCAGAGCUGAAGAUCUGCCUGCUGCUUUCAGCAUGCAUGUCCCUGACAGACUGGCGUUAACAGACGCUCCUGACCUAAGUCCACGGCCGCACUUCUCCCAACACGUUCCCAGAGGUCAUGCGUUUUCCAAGCGGAACCUGCGGCAGGAACCUUGGGACGGGGACGCGACCUCACGAGGGCUCAUUCAGAGUCCACUACGGAGGUCGUAUAGUGACCAGACUUUCGGUAGGACCCUAUCUGGGACGCCAGGGCGCUCCAAACACGGGCCUUCAGCUGGCCACAGUGCCGGGACGAUGCCUCCUGUCCCCAAAGACUCACCCCUGCCCGCACUCCCCCAGGGGCUCAGUGCUAUUACCCCCGUCCUCCUUUCACCCCAGAGCGUCCUGCAGGUCGCCAGGAAGCUGGGCAAGCAGGCCUCAAACAGAAUCCUCCAGACCGUCGCUCAAAAAUACUCCUCCAGGUUCGGUUUCCCAGAAAAACCUUCACCUCAGCCGGUUGAGGAUCGCGCUGAUCAAGCCUUGAAAAGUAGCACAACACAGGAGUUCUGGCGCAAUCCUGAGGAGGAGAGCGGAACUACAGUGGAAUUAAUGGUGCUCCGCAGACAGAUGAUGAAGAUGAACAGGCGGAUAACAAGUCUGGAGAAACAGAACGCCGACCGCAGACAGAGCGAAGUCCUGCUCCUCUCCCUGCUUCUUUCUGCCUGUGUGAUCAACGGCUGGCUCUGGAUUCGCAAAUAAACCCGCGAAGCCUUCUGGGAGAUCAGUUCUGUUCGCUCAUGCUGCUAAUUAACUGUGCACUUAAUAACACCACUCAGGGUGGAAGCUCACUGUGACCCGAAUCGGGAUGAAGGAACCAGAGGAAGGUUGCGGUUAUUCCCACCACACCACUGAGAUGAGAGUGGGAGCGGAAGUGUUUGUCGAGUUAAGAUGUUUUUUUUUCUCUCAUAACCAGUGGGACGCUCAGGAGCAGUGUGUCCCGCUGUAAUUCUGAGUGCUUUAGUUUAUUUUGUUUAUUUAGAUGGUUUUGGGAGAUUCUGACUGGGAACACAAAGCACAGCUGAUCACAUCAGAUAUUUUACUAUAAUUUCAUUCAACCUUCAGUUGGUUUUCAUUAUUUUUGACACCCAAGACGCCCUGAAAACAUUGCCACAGCUUUUCUUCAUUUAAGCUUGAUUUAUAGUACUGUGCAAAAGUCUUCACUCCAUCAUUUCUCCAUAUUUUGCUUUCAAAGAGUCAGACCUACUUAUAUUUUUAAUGUAAGUCUUGAGGAAAAGUUCUCCAGGCU